UUACACUUGGCACAAUGCAGUCAGGCAAGUACAGUUCUCCUGACAACCGCCAAACCCAGACACGUUCAACGGAUUGCCAGAGAGAGAAGCGUGAUUUGUCUCUCCAAAGAACAUGACUCCACUGCUCUAGAGUCCAGUGGUGGGCUGAGUUGCUGUUGUUCCCAGUUGCUUCCGCUUUGUUAUAAUCCCACUAACAGUUGACCGUGGAAUAUUUUGUAGCAAUGAUAUUUCCCAAAUGGACUUGUUGCACAGGUGCAACCUAUCACAGUACCACGCUUGAAUUCACUGAGCUCCUGAGAGCGACUCAUUCUUUCACAAAUGUUUGUAGAAGCAGUCUGCAUGCCUAG